AAUAGUUGGUGGUUCAUUCCGCUGUGGCGACUCCUGAUUUAUAAAGGGACUAAGCCCAAAAAAAUGAGUGUGCUGAUCUGACUGUAUAUCAGUUCAAUCAAAUACACUGCAAAUAUACAGGUGAACGUAGAGAAAUGUGUAAGUGCAGCCAAAAUAAUGCACAAAAUUUCUGUGUAUUUUAACAUCUGAAUCUAGCUUUAAUACAUCAGGAUUCCUCUAUAUUUAAGUACUAUUUAAUAACAUCAAAAAUCAGACGUCCUAUAUUGAUGUCUGCAUGAAAUUGCAUUUAUAAAAGUGAUUAUAAAGCUAUCGAAAGCAUAAAACACAAGCAAAGUGUUUGAUGCUACACAUUUUUUAUAAAAUAAAAUAAGAUAUAAUCUAAAAAAUAUUAAUUAUUAUAAAAUAAUUUAAAAAUGAAGUUUCAAAAUAUGAGUGAAAUAAAGUUCAAUCUACUCAUGUAUGCAGAAGAAACCCGGUGUAUUCUGAGCUGUACUUAUUAAAACAUAUCAAAUAAUUAUUCAUAUUAAAUGUGAUUCUGUUCAAUUCCUGCUGUCAAAUGUGUUAAAUGUGUUGUUUUAAAUGAUAGUGGUGAAGAAUAAAGAUUUCAGAUGAUGAUUGGUGAGUAUUUUGGAUGUCAGAAAAUGAUCCUAGUGUCAGAUAAGAUUUUAGAUUUUAGUCUAAAUGAAAUUGUCUUUACACCUCAGCUAUUGAUCUCAUAUGCAGACGGAGCUACAGGUGAGUGUGUGUGUGUUAUUUUAAAUUGCAUUAUGUACAUCUAUUUCAAUGUGAUUGAAUUCAGUUUUUUACAGCUCCAUUCAGAUUAUUCCAGAUUAAAUGGUGUAUUUAUUUGUUUUUAAGCUAGUGAAUGAUGCUCACCAUUUGAUUAAUUUUAGAAAUUAUAUCUAGUUCAAAAUUAGAAAAGUGGUCUGUAUUUGUUUGUAGUCUUAAUGGAUGUAUUCUUGUGUUGUUUCUGCAGGAGGCGCUGCUGAGCUCUGCUACUGACAUUUACCAGGAAAACUGGAGAGAGAGAGAGAGAAAGAGAAAGAGGGAUGUUGUGACAGAGGAAAUGAUGUCGUCACGAGUGCUGCAGUACCUGUGUGUGUAUAUCAUCAUAACGGAUUAUUCAGAAGAAGAAGAAGAAUCCAGAAGACGAGAUCGAGUAGAGUUCAGCAGCUCCACACACAGCCAUGUCGGUGUCUGACAACAUCUUCUCUGUGCACGAGGCGUCUUCAGACUCCAGCGCUCAGACUCCGAUGGACUCGGCCCUGUAUACUCAGACCAUCAGCUUUACUAAGAGUCCCGAGGUGAUGAUGGGUUAUUUACCGUACUCCUCCUGUCUGAACAACCCAAACACCAACACUGAGCGCUCAGUGCAGCAGAGUUCUGCACAUACACAGGAUUUUGCUCAGUUUCUGGAGCCACCGCCAGCGUCUGCGCUCCGCCUGUGCGCACAGAAGCGAGGUGUGAGUAAAGACAGUGCUGAGUACCGGCAGAGGAGAGAGAGAAACAACAUCGCCGUCAGGAAGAGUCGAGAUAAAGCGCGGCGCCGCAUCCAGAUGACCCAGCAGAGGGCGCUGCAGCUGCAGGACGAGAAUCAACGGCUGCAGGUGCACAUCCAGCGCCUGCUGCACGAGGUGGAGGCGCUCAGGCAUUACCUGUCCCAGCGUCACCUGCAGGACACAUCUGAGGAGCACUGAUGAGAAUACACCUGGAGAACACAAACCUGAGGAACACACACCUGAAGAAAACACCUGAGAAACACACCUGGAGAACACAAACCUGAGGAACACACACCUGAAGAAAACACCUGAGAAACACACCUGAGGAACACUGCUGCGAA